ACACAAAUGACUCAAGCGUGAUCCCACAGCACAUGCGGCUGGCCCGGACUUCUCUGGAUAGCUUUUACUUUAUUUUGUUUCUCUUUGUUUUGUGAAUGGUCGCUGAGAAGAAGGCAACACAACUGUAAGUAAUGCUUUGGCAAUAAGGGAUUUGAAGGGGAGAGUGUAACGUUAAGGUUUGAAUUAACAAACUGUGGCUUUAAAUUGUACGAGAUGGUUAAACUUGUCUUGGUUUUCCUGCACUGUAACUUUUCAGAGAAAGAUGGAAAGCCUUUCAUUAUCUGGUCUGGUGCAUUAAACCAUUUCUGUGUCUCUCCACUGAAGGUCACUGCUGCCUGUAGACUAUCCUGAAUCUUUACCCCAGUGGAGGCUGUUUUCACCCUGCCAACACUACAAAUGGACAACGCAGGGAUAAAAAGAGGAAUUGUGAUAAAAGAUGACUGGCCAGGAUACAAUCUGGACCUGUUCACUUACCCCGAACACUACCAUGAAGACAUAGAGAGUGUUUACAUUCCACAUGGGGUAAUCAUGAACAGGAUAGAGCGUGUGGCCCGCUACAUCAUGGACGACUUUGGGGACAACAACAUAAUGGUGCUGUGCGUCCUGAAGGGAGGCUACAAGUUCUGCGCAGACCUGGUGGAGUUCAUCAAGGUUCUGGGCCGCAACUCCAACAAAUACCUGGAAACCCGGGUGGAGUUCAUCCGUCUGAAGAGCUACCUAAAUGACCAAUCAACAGAGGAGCUGCACAUCAUAGGAAGUCGGGAUCUGUCUUUCCUGCGUGGAAAGAGUGUGCUCAUUGUUGAGGCCAUAGUUGACACAGGAAAGACCAUGAAGGCCCUUCUGAAGCAUGUGGAGACCUUUGAACCCAAGAUGGUCAAGGUCGCGGGUCUGUUGGUGAAGAGGGUCCCUAACAUGGCUGAAAGUCUGACGGACUACGUUGGAUUUGAAAUCCCCAACCGCUUUGUUGUUGGUUAUGCCUUGGACUACAAUGAAUACUUCCGUGACCUGAAUCAUAUCUGUGUCAUCAGCAAGACUGGGAAGAUGAAGUACAAAGUUUGAGAAGAAUUAAAAGAAUUGGAGUAAUGCAGUCAGAGCAGCACACAAAUGUUUUUCUACCUGCUUUAGUAAUAAGAAAAGUUCAGCUUUGUCUCUGUAAAAAAAUUUUUUCAGCUUUGCACUACUUUGUUUAAAUGAGCCAUGUGUUUCAGACAAAAAACAUGUGUAUUUUUAUUUGUAUUUAACUUUAACUUUUUGAGAAUUCAUCAGAAAUUAAAUUUUAAAUGUGAUGUAA